UUUUUAAGUAAAUUGUAUUGAUAAAUAAUUUGCUAUAAAAAUGCCCCUAAUGUCGAACGAAGCAGAAAUUCAAAGGGAACAUUUUAGGUUAAUUCAAAAAUAUUCUAAUAUAUUUUCAAAAGAAAAAUCAAAUACAACUCCUCGUAGAGAACUUGAUAGGAGGAAAAGAUUUGAUGCUGAUAGUACUAUGACAAAUAAGAUUAAUACUAAUAGUACAGAAAUAAAUACAAAAUCAGUACCUACAGUUAAAAUUUUGAGAUUAAAUAUACCACCCAUCAAAUUUCAAUCUUUAUCCAAACCAGGAGAUAUCAAUACCUUUCCUAGUCAAUCACCAUCUAAAAUUUUAGCACAUAAAGACACAAAUAUAAUAGAUGAACUUCCUGAAGACUUAAAAUUCAAUGGAAGUCCAACUGAGAUUUUAACUCGCAGAUGUAGUGCAAAAACUAAUAGUUUGUUUAACAAAAAUGAAUUUGCCAACAAUAGUGAAGGUUCCAAACAGGUAAAAAAAAAUAAUGAUCCAGAUUCUAAGGCAAAUACAUCACUUUCAAGGCGUGCAAGCUUUUAUUCUGGUUAUAUUUCAACCAUUGCUAAUGAGUUGAUUGGAAAUGAUUUAUCGACUCAAGAUAGAGAAGCUGGUAUGACCAGAAUUUCUACUAGGCGAAAAAGUUUGAGUGAAGCUUUGCCUAAAGCUGAUGACAUAAUUUUAAAUAGGGAUAUACAUGACUAUAAUUCUAUAAAAAAUAAAAGAUCUAGUAAUAAGAUCAAAAGUAAAACUGAGAAUUGUAGUAAAAGUAGCUUUGAAACUGAAACAUCAGAUGAAAAUAAUCAAGAACGAGAACUUCAGAAAAUAAGUGUUUAUAAUGUUGAUAGUACAAAAAAAGAUUCUAAAAAAAUUGAACCGAUCUUGAGUAAUAUAAAUAAGACUGUACCUAAAGCUUCAAGUGAAAGUUCAAAUAAACGCCAAUUGUUUAACAAGGAAGGUUCCAGUAAGAGUUCCAAACAGUCAGAAGCCUCCAACAAGAAUAGUUUAAUUACAUGUAAGUCUCCAAUUAUAAUAUUGACUAAAGAACCAAAAAUUGUACCUGAAAAUAGUCCAGCAAGCCAAGCCAGCAAUAUAAAUAAGACAAUACCUAAAGCUUUAAGUGAAAGUUCAAAUAAACGCCAAUCGUUUAACAAGGAAGGUUCCAGUAAGAGUUCUAAAGAGUCAAAAGCCUCCAAUAAUGAUAUAAUAACCACAUGUAAGUCUCCAAUUGUGAUAUUGACUAAAGAACCAAAAAUUGUACCUGAAAAUAGUCUAACAAACAAUAACAUUGAAGCAGCAACUAAGAAUGCAUUAGAAGCCAAAAUAAAUCUUCAUCAGAUGAAAAAAGAUUGUGAUAAAAUUGAACCGAUCUUGAGUAAUAUAAAUAAGUCAGUACCUAAAGCUUUAAGUGUAAAUGCAAAUAAGCAUGAAAUGUUUAACAAGGAAGGUGGUCUAAGUAAGAGUUCCAAACAGUCAAAAUCCUCCAAUAAUGAUAGUUUAACAACAUGCAAGUCUCCAAUUGUAAUAUUGACUAAAGAACCAAAAAUGGAAGAUCAACAUCGAUCUUCCAUUGAACCAUCAUCAAUGGUUAAAAAUAUUCUUGCUAUUACAAAGAAACGAGUAUUUGAAACUGACCACAACAAUUGUGAAUCUGAGUUUAAAAGAAUUAAAUCCAAGAAGUAUAAAUCACCUAAGGAUUCUUGUAAACCAAAUUUAACUAAAAACGUAAAAGAAAAACUUAUGUCAAUAAAGAUUACUCAAGAUUCUGAUAGUGAUUCCGAUAAGCCUGUUUUAAAAAGGUUGGAACUCAAAAACAAAUCUAAUAAGAGAUUAAAUGAACUUUUAAAAGGGUACAGAAAGUAUAAAAAAAUGACUGUUUACAAAACUCAUCCACAACCUGAACAUUGUUUGAAAGAGUACAGUGAAGGAUUUCGUAAAUCAAAACGUAUAAAAGAACUUUUGAACAUUAAUAAUGAAAAAGGAAAGCCAAAGAAACCUGUUAAAAAUAGACGACAGAAAAAAUCUAAGACUAUCAAAAAAUACAAAUCUAGAAAAACUGUUACGAAAAGAUCGGAAACAUCUUCUAUUACCCAACGUUAUAACCUUAAAAAAUUAUCCAUUAUCUUAGAUAGGAAUAUGAUUGAUAUCGAGAUGAGCACACAACGUAAAAUCAUGGAAAGUAAAAUGUACUUAACCCAAAAACUAAUGACAAUUUCUGAUACUGAUGAUUUUGAUACUAGUUUUGAGACUGGUCUCAGGAUUGAAACGGAUUCUGAAGAUGAAGAAAUUUUGAACAGUAUUUUAUUAUCAGGUCGUAAGAGAAACAAGAAAGUUUUAGUGUCCGAUGAUGAUAAUGAUAUAAUUAUCAAAAGAAGCAAAAAUGUUAAUGUACAUAAAAGUAUCGAUUUUACACCUGAUGAAAAUGGUACAAAGCUGGCUGUUGAACUUGAUUCCAAUGAUAUGAUGACUAGUGAUAAAGUUGUCAAACAAAAUGUUAAUGUUGAUCUUAUAGUUAAUGGUGUACCUGAACAAGAUGAUAAUAUAUUGAGCUGUGAUAAUGAUCAUGUAGUCAUUCCAAACGACUCACCAAAUGCAGGUGAAACAUUUGACAAUGAUUUUACUGAUUCAGAACCUGAAAUAGUCGAUGAAGUAAAUUUAAAUAGCCCAGGUGAAGUGGAUGGAAUACAAAUUAUUUCCAAAGAAAUAUUACCAAAAGAACCCAUGUCUAGCAGCUUUCUAGAUACCAGCAUGGAAAUUGUGAACUCAUUCACUCAAGACAUCGAAGAAGACAACAUUUCUGAAAAUCUGAUACUUCAAAUUGAAACAGAUUCCGAAAACGAACAGUGUUCAACCAGUAGACCUAGAAGGCCAUCAUCUCUUCUUGGAAAUUUUAUGACCAUGAUUAAUACAGAUUCAGAUAGAAGUCUGUCAAUAGCAGGAAGUGAUUUAGAAGAUGGGCCUGUUGGAAGUUGUUCGAUGAAUUUAAAUAGCUGCCCUUUGGAUAUGAGACCAGCAAAAGAAUCGGAUUCUCACAAUCAUCUGGAAACUAUAAAUCUAAAUGACAAUGUUCAAGUUGAUUUUUGUGCCGAUUCAUUAAUUGAGGAGGCGCAAAUAAAUUUGGUCAAUAAUGAAAUGUUUAAUAUUGAUCCUAAAUAUGCAUCGAUGAUCAAACCUUGUUCGGUUGUAUUGGAAGAUUGUUUGGAACCUGUACACAUCGAACCUGAGAUUGAUAUAAAUAUAGAAACCACAGUACAUGCAUGUAUUCCCUGUAAUGAAACUUAUACGACCUUAAAAGAUUUAAGAAAACAUGUAUAUACAACGCACAUAAGUGACACAACCAAUAAAUGUUUCAUUUGUGACGUCGAAAUUACCAACAAGAACAAAAUGACCACUCACAUAUUGACUCACAUGCUUACGGUUAUUUAUAUUUGUGAAAUUUGUAACGCAGUGACAGAAACUCAGGAAAGUUACGAUGAACACAUGCUUACCCAACACAACAGCUUUGUGUGUGAUGUAUGUGGUAAACCUUGUUCAUCCAAAAAUACUUUGACCAAACACAAAAUAGUACAUCAGCCAGAUAGAUACAAAUGCAAGGUAUGCAGCAAAAUAUUUGGUAGCGCCCGUAAACUCAGGCGACACAUGCUGAUUCAUGGGGAAAGGAAAUUUUUCUGUGAAAUUUGUGACGCUACAUUUUGUAGAAGAGAAGUUUUAAAUGAUCACGUGAAGAUGCACAGCACAGAACGUGCCUACAAAUGUGACUUUUGUUCUAAGACUUUUACCACAAAAAGUAGCCUGUAUGCACACAUAAGAAUCCAUGAUAAAACAAAACAAAAGAAGUGUGAAUACUGUUCGAAAACAUUCACUACAAGACAAGCUCUCCUAAGGCAUUUGUACAAGCAUGAAAAUGUCCAACUUCAUCAAUGUAAUGUGUGUAAGAAUGUUUAUGAAACUUUAAGUGAAUUAAAAGCUCACGAGCAGAAGCACAACGGAGAUUUGGAAACAUUCCAGUGUCGAAUAUGUGGAGAAGUUUUUACAUCGAAGGUGAAAUUGAGUCAUCAUAGGGAAGGUUGCAGGGAUAAAAAUGAUUCUAACGAGGAAGUGGGAAGUCACUGGUUGAUAAAUUUAAACUUGAGUCCUCCAAAGAUUAGAACUCGCAGAAAAGUCUAUAGGAGAAAUAUAUUGGAUCCUGAUAUUUCGAAAGAAAAUGAGAUCAAUACCACAGAAACAAAUGUGCAAUCGGUAGCUACAGUUAACAAUUUGGAGUUAAAUUUAUCACCUACCAAAACUCAAUCUUCAUCUAAACCUGAAGGUUUCAAUUCUAAUACUGGAAUUUUAACCCAUAGAGAUACAAAUAUAAUAGAAGCAUUUUCUGGGGACUUAAAAGUUAAAGAAAGUGCGGCUAAGAUUCUAACUCGCAGAUGUAGUGCAAGAAAUAAAAAUGCUUCUACUAAAAAUGAAUCAAACGAAGUUACCAGCCAAGGUGCCAAAAAGGUAGGAAAAUCUAAUGAUAAAUUGUGUGUAGAUUCUAAUGGAAAUGAAUUACCUAAACUUACCGAAGCUUUAUUUGAACCUGACUUAAUUGAAAAUAAAAAUAUAUCACUGAAGGUUAAACAAAACGCAAUUUCCAGUAAGAAUUCCAACCCCAUAUGUGUUAUCAAACUUGAUAAAAAUGAGAUUUUGUCUGCACUUAACAAUUUGAGUAAAACCACAAAUAAAAAUGAACAUAGUCCAACUUUCAAUGUUGGGAUUGUAGAAUGUAGUAAACAAGUUACUAGUAAAAGUUCAAAGAAUUCCAAAGCAUCUAAUAAUGAUAAUUUAACUAAAUAUAAGUCUCCAACUGUAAUGUCGACUGAAGAAACAAAUAUUGUACCUGAAACUAAAACUAGUCAAGCGGUCAAUAAACUUGAAGCAGCAACUAAGAAUGCAUCAGAGGGUAAUAUAAAUUUCAAUCGGAUAAGUCAAACAUGCAACAGAAACAUUCAUCUAAAUAUCGAUUCUGAUAAAGUGGAAUGUGAUAUCAAAGGGAUUAGAAGAGAUGGAUUGAAUAUAAAUAAUAAUAUAGUAAAAAAAUUAGAUGUACACAAGCCUGAAAAGAAACCUGCGAAAAACAGACAACUUAUAAAGUCUAAGCCAAACUCUAUGAAGCCUGAACGGAAGAGUUUUUUAUCAAGCACUAAAUCAAACUUAUCUCUCUCUAUUACUAAACGAUAUAAACUUAAGAAGCUAUCCGUAGUAUUAGACAGAACCAUGGUAGAUACUGCGAUGAAUAACCCACAUAAAAUCAUCAAAAGCAAAAAUAACUCGAGCAUAAAACUAACAACAAUUAGUAAUACCGAUGAUCUGCAUGCAAAUCUUGGGAACUAUGUUGAUUCUACAGACUCAAGACCUGCAAUAGUCGAUGAAGUAAAUAUAAACAGUCUGGUCGAAGUGAACAUGACACGAAUUAAGUGCAACGAAACAUCAACUAAAGGUGGAUCUGUGAGUCCAACAAAAGAACCAAAUGCUCAAAAUCCAAUGAAAAAUGUGAGUCCUAAUCACAAUGAUCAAAUUCAAAUGGAGGAACAAAUAAAUUUGGUUAGUAAUAAAAUAUUUAAUAUCGAUCCCAAAUAUGCAACGAUGAUCAAACCAUGUUCGGUUGUAUUGGAAGAUUGUGUGGAACCUGUGCACAUCGAGCCUGAGAUUAAUAUAAAUAUAGAAACCACAGUACAUGCAUGUAUUCCCUGUAGUGAAACUUAUACGACCUUAAAAGAUUUAAGAAAACAUGUGCAUACAACGCAUGUAAGUGACACAACCAAUAAAUGUUUCAAUUGUGACGUCGAAAUUACCAACAAGAACAAAAUGACCACUCACAUAUUGACUCACAUGCUUACGGUUAUUUAUAUUUGUGAAAUUUGUAACGCAGUGACAGAAACUCAGGAAAGUUACGAUGAACACAUGCUUACCCAACACAACAGCUUUGUGUGUGAUGUAUGUGGUAAACCUUGUUCAUCCAAAAAUACUUUGACCAAACACAAAAUAGUACAUCAGCCAGAUAGAUACAAAUGCAAAGUAUGCAGCAAAAUAUUUGGUAACGCCCGUAAACUCUGGCGACACAUGCUGAUUCAUGGGGAAAAGAAAUUUUUCUGUGAAAUUUGUGACGCUACAUUUUGUAGAAGAGAAGUUUUAAAUGAUCACUUGAAGAUGCACAGCACAGAACGUGCCUACAAAUGUGACUUUUGUUCUAAGACUUUUACCACAAAAAGUACUCAGUAUGCACAUAUAAGAAUCCAUGAUGAAACAAAACAAAAGAAGUGUGAAUACUGUUCGAAAACAUUCACUACAAGACAAGCUCUCUUAAGGCAUUUGUACAAGCAUGAAAAUGUCCAACUUCAUCAAUGUAAUGUGUGUAAGAAUGUUUAUGAAACUUUAAGUGAAAUGAAAGCUCACGAGCAGAAGCACAAUGGAGAUUUGGAUACAUUCCAGUGUCGAAUAUGUGGAAAAGUUUUUAUAUCGAAGGUGAAAUUAAGUCAUCAUAGAGAAGGUUGCAGGGAUAAAAAUUAUUCUAGCGGGGAAGUGGGAAGUCACUGGUUGAUUUAAGAUUGAUAUUAAGAUACAUUUGGUUUUAUUCAUUAUUAUAAGAGAAUUGCUAAAAAUAAUUUUUACUGUGAGUCGUUAGUUUUGGGCUCACGUCUUUCAUAUAUUUUUCUUUUUUUAAAUUGUUAACCUUAUGCAAUUAAGAAUUUUCUAUUGAACAAUCACGAUUGCUAUUUGCUAAUGAUGGACAGAAGUUAACUGGCAAAUAAAUAUUUAAAUAUUCUAGUAUCAAGAAAGAUAUUAAAAUGUACCAGGGGGGUGUUUACAAGAAAAUUUAUGCUAUAUCAAGAGAAAACUAUUCAGCAAACAUUAGAUCGAAUUGUUGUAAGAAGAGCUGACAUGCGACAACAUUCACCUUGAAUUCAUACAGUCAUUAAUUUUAAUUUUGUUUUUCAUAAAUUAAUUAUAGUCUAUAUAUAAUAUUAAUUUAAUUUGCUCAAGUUGAAUACGGGUUUUCUGUGUACAUAAUAAAAUUUUAAAUGUUUACUUUGUUCAAUUUUUAGAUUUUAAAAAUUUUACAUGGUCUUUUUGCAUCCC